AUGGCCCCCACAAUUGUGUUCGUUCCGGGUUUCUGGGAGGGACCCACAGUGUUCGAAGAAGUCAUCUCACUCCUUAAACCGAUCGGAUUCAAGACCCAGGUAGCUGCUCUGCCCAGCACUGGUACCGUUUCUCCAGGCAAUCCAGAUAUGAAUGACGAUAUAGCUGCAGUCCGCAGUGUUGUCCAAGAAUUAGUUGAUGCGGAAGAAGAUGUCUUGAUGGUCCUUCACUCGGGCGGUGGCUUCAUAGGCACAAGUGCCAUCGAAGGCCUAACAGCGAAAGCACGCACGGAGAAAGGCUUGAAGGGUGGUGUUGCAAAGUUGGUGCUUCUGACGGCGGCAAUAUUCCCAGAAGGCUUCACCCAUGGCCCCCUGCCAUUCCAAAUCACCCAGGGCGGAGCCAUGUAUUGCGCCACCCCUGAGAAGCUUCUCUUCAAUGACCUGAGCGAGAACGAUGUCGAGAAAUGGAAGAAGGCCCUAAAAUCUCAACCUGCGUCUGGCUGGGAUGGAACCAUUACAUAUGCUGGUUGGAAAGAUGUGCCAAGCGUGUAUCUGGUGUGUGAGAAUGAUCAAUGCAUUCCACAACCGCUUCAGGAACAGCUCGCAGGGGCAGCAGGAAGCAGAAUUGAGAAAUGCACUGCAGGACAUAUGGUUAUGUUGAGUAUGCCGCGCAAAGUGGCCGAUAUUAUCAUAAGUGCUGCUGCUUGA